AUGGGUAGCAGAAUGGGAAGAAGGGUGGUGCAGUUCGCAAACCUACCCAUAAAGCUUUUGAUGCCAAAAACCUUCACCAACGUCCAAGAAAUCGCGCUGAAGACCAUUCCUUCUGCCUCCAAGAUCGAGAUCAAGCGCGUUCUCGAAUCGCUCUACGGCUUCGAGGUCGAGAGGGUUCAUACGCUCAACAUGGAGGGCAAGAAAAAGAAACGGGGCGGGUUAUUGAUCGCAAAACCCGAUUACAAAAAGGCCUACGUCACGCUCAAGAACCCGCUCUCCAUUUCGCCGAAUCUCUACCCGAUCCGAAUCAUCGAGGAGGAUAAGAAGCGGGUCAACAAGCAAACCAAGUCCAGCGUUGUCGAGGAAGAGACCCACACCAGGAGUCACUGGCUUGAUGACAGGAAGGAGACCCAACAGCCCUUCAGGGCCCAAAAGCAUGGACGUUUGGGCCGGUCCGAUGGUGCCGCUAAUGCUAAGUUCCCAUGGUCCAGCAUGAGGUCUGGUAGUAGUUCCACCAGGUAG